AAGUGAGAUAAGAAGUAUUGAGGACAUUGAGAUAGAAAGCGGAGAGUCAGUGAGAGGAGAUCAAGAGGCUAGAGAAAGAAAGAGGAAAAAGUAAGAGCGCGAGAGGACGGAGAAAGAGAGGGUGUGUGAUAGAGCAAAGAGAGAGAGAGUUAGCGGAUAGAGAGUGUGUGUGUGAUAGAGAGAGAGAGACAGAGAGAGAGAGAGGGGAUCUAGAGAGUUAGAGGAUAGACAGUAAGCCCUGCUGUCACCAGCCAACCUGGUGAUCCAGUCUCCAGAGCAGUCAGCCGUCCUCCGCCUGCCUCUCCUCCGUCGCGUCCCUUCGUCUCCCCUCCGCUUCUUCACACGCUCUCCCAGGCUCGUGGGCCUCACAGCAUGAGCCUUCCACCAUGGGCUUUCUGGAAAACUACCAAGAGAUCGACCCAGUCACUCUGAACCUGUGCAUCCUCAUCGUUAGCUACGUCAUCCUGCUGUUGGUCUUCUUGAUCUCCUGUAUCAUGUACGACUGCCGGGGGAAGGACCCCACCAAGGAGUACGCUCCAGACCCCCAGCCCACGCAGUCUCCCAUCAGGCUGGUGGUGAUGCAGAGCUCCCCGGCCUCGGCGCCCGCUCGCUGGGACACCUCCAACAUGAUCACCACCUACCAUGAACCGGCCAGCCCCGGCCUGCAGGACUUCAGGGAGAAGAAGAGCACCAUGGUCUAAG